CUGGGUAUCCUAUGACAACAGUGGGGGGGUCUGCUCAGCAUGGAGGCGAUAAGGAAUAGGAUCAUGGCCUAUCGGGGGUCUGGCAAACAGGGAGCUGUGCAGCUGAGGAGGCGGAAAUCCAAACUGUACAGCAAGGAGGGGGGUAGUGCAGGGUAUAGAGCAGGUACUGCAUGGGAUCUCUUUGGAGAAUAUGGUGGUCUGGUCUUGUUCACCAUUGCAUUCCGGGUCCUUAACUGCUUCAUGGUCCAAACAAGCUUUGUCCCAGAUGAAUACUGGCAAUCUCUUGAAGUUGCACACAAUAUGACAUUUAAUUAUGGCUAUUUAACUUGGGAAUGGAAUGAAGGUUUGAGAGGCUUCUCAUAUCCAUUGGUGUUUGGAGGCAUCUACAAAAUAUUAUACUGGCUUGGAAAGGAUGAUGUUUGGUUCCUAAUCUGGAUUCCUAGACUGGCUCAGUCCAUCUUUUCAAGCCUUGCAGAUGUAAGACUAUACAUCUUAGUGCGGAAACUAGAAAAUGCUGAGUUGGCAAAGUGGGUGUACUUUUGCCAGAUGUGUUCAUGGUUCACUUGGUUCUGUGCCACUCGAACUUUAACAAACACAAUGGAAGCUGUACUUGGCACUUUUGCUUUGUAUUAUUACCCUAUAGAAGGUUCACGCACAAAGAACAGCACCAAAUAUCUAAUUUUUGUUGCCCUGGGAUUCAUCAUCCGACCAACAGCUGUCAUUCUUUGGAUUCCUUUAGUUUUCUGCCAAUUUCUAAAAGACAAGAAAAAAAUAGACUUGCUUAUUCAGCAAUGCCUACCUGUUGGAUUAUUCACUUUUGGGAUAUCAUUUGUAAUCGACCGUGUAUUUUAUGGCAAAUGGACCUUUGUUCAGUGGAACUUCCUGAAGUUUAAUGUUCUUCAGAACAUGGGAGCAUUCUAUGUGUCUCACCCAUGGCACUGGUACAUCACCCAGGGGUUUCCUGUCAUCAUCGGUACCCACUUCCCAUUUUUUAUUCAUGGCAGCAUAUUGGCCCCCAGAAGAUAUCGAAUUCUCCUUGUAGCUGUCAUUUGGACUGUUUUUGUUUAUAGCAUGCUGAGCCAUAAAGAGUUUCGCUUCAUCUAUCCAGUGCUGCCUCUCUGCAUGGUAUUUUGUGGGUUUUCCAUUACAAGAUUGAAAUGGUGGAAGAAACCAGCUGUGGGCUUCCUGAUUAUAUCCAAUUUACUCCCAGCGCUCUAUACUGGACUAAUUCACCAGCGAGGAGCACUUGACAUUAUGUCCUAUAUCCAGCAGCAGUGCAAAGCGGAGAAUAUGUCCACAUCCCUUCUUGUUCUGAUGCCCUGUCACUCUAUUCCUUAUUACAGUCAUGUCCACUGUCGUAUAAAAAUGAAUUUUCUGGAGUGCCCUCCUGACCUUUCAGACCAUGACAGUUAUGUUGAUGAGGCAGACCUGUUCUAUGUGAGCCCGAUGGCUUGGCUGAAUGCAGAGUUUUACAAUACAACACAACUACCAACACACCUGGUCAUGUUUAGUGUUUUAGAACAGGAAAUCCUUCAAUUUUUAACUGCACACCAUUAUAUGAAGACAGCAUCUGUAUUCCAUACUCAAUUACCAGAAGGUCGAGUUGGAAGCCACAUCUAUAUGUAUGAACGGAAAACGUGAUUUUUUUUUUUUUUUAAUCAACAUUUUAUGAAAUGGUACAUAAACAUUUCCAUGAAAGUGAACUUUAUUUUAUUUCCCUCUAAGAGGUGGCAGCAAACAGGAGUAAUCACACUGUAAUAGGUAAAAACAAAUUAA